AUGCUAGCUCGUCUCAGAUCGCUGCACUCUUCAUGGGCCAGCGUUCUCCUGACGGGCGUCACAGGUUGGCAAAGCGUCAAGCCUGCUGAACCCCUUACCUCAAGCUGCAAUGCACACUCGGCUCUUGUCAUGGCUGAGCAGGCACUUGUCCUCUUUGCAGCACUCGACGAGAUGUCGACCCACGACAAUGCCCACCCGGACUCGCACCAGCGCAUCCCUAAGCCUGCAGAGUUCUUGAUGAGCGAGAAGGGCCGUCGGGCAUCUGUGAUCGCAAAAGCUGACAAGGCAGACGACGAGACAUCGCAAGAGGCCCAUAGAAUCUUCAGAGACGCCCACAAGAACUCAGGCAAGCCGGCAGAUCAUGGGAUGCCCGGCAUACUCGGCGUGCCAAGCACUGGCGUCUUGUACGUCACAGAAAGAGCCACCGCCAACGGAUUCAGUCCGAGCGAUAAGACUUGGUGCAAUGCUGGUCAAGGCGCUCCCGAGACCGGGCCCCUCGAGGGCGAUCCCGGACGGAUUGAUCAGAUUGAUCUCAGACCAUUCGGAGAUGAGGUGCACGAGUAUGCACCCACGACAGGCUCGACCGCUUUACGCGAGGCGGUAGCGAACCUUUACAAUGUGCAGUACAGGCAAGGCAAAAGCUCGCAGUUCACAGCUGCCAAUGUCGCUAUUGUGCCUGGUGGUCGCGCGGGCUUGACGCGACUGUCGAGCAUCAUAGGCGACAUCUAUUGCGUAUACAGCACGCCCGAAUAUUCUGCUUAUUCAGAUCUCUUGUCCGUCUUCAAAAAGCUCAUCCCAGUCGCGACGAGUCUCAGGGAAGAGGACGCCUACAAGCUCAAUCCGUCAAAGCUGCGCGAGCAGAUGCGCGAAGUUGGCGCGACGGUCGCCAUGCUCAGCAACCCUCGCAAUCCGACCGGUCAAGUCGUGGACGACGAGGAUCUGCAAGAGCUCGUCUCCAUGUCAGAGGAAGAUGAUGUGACGCUCAUACUCGACGAAAUGUACAGCCAUUACAUGUAUACGAAAGAAGAAGGCUACAGCUGUUCUGCUGCUCGCUACAUCGACGAUGUCGACUCUACCAACAUCAUCAUCGUCAACGGCCUCACAAAGUCGUGGCGGUACCCUUCUUGGCGGUGUUGCUGGAUCGUUGGCUCGAAGGAGCUCAUCAGCGCUCUCGGUCACUGCGGCUCUUACCUGGACGGUGGAACGAGCGGUAUCAUCAUGGCAGCAGCCCUGCCUCUGCUCGAGCCUUCGCGCGUCCAGCAAGACUGCAUUGCCCUUCAGCGUCACUUCAAAGCGAAGCGUGACUAUGUCUUGAAGCGCCUGCAUGACAUGGGACUAGGCGUGACGCAUCCGCCAGUGGCGACGUUUUACAUCUGGCUCAACCUCAAAAAUCUGCCAGCACCUCUCGAUUCUGGCCUCGUCUUCUUUGAGGAGUGUCUCAAACGCAAGGCGAUCGUCGUGCCGGGCGUGUUCUUCGACAUCAACCCAUCGAACAGACGCAGGUUGGCCGAUUCGCCUUGCCAUCACUUUGUGAGGAUAUCGUACGGCCCACCGCUCAAGCAGCUCGAGAUGGCACUCGAUGCGAUGGAACAGCUUCUGCACGACGCGCAUUACCACAUGACUCAGAGCGAGGACGCUCCUUCGCUACAUCACGUGUUCGGCAAGGAGCUCAAGCAGGGCAAGAUCCCUCAGGUUGCACCAACAUCCGGCUCUUAG